CUUUUAAAACGAUUUUUGUUAUGAAAUUCUUUCCAAUUUGAGUAAUUAAUUAUUUUAAUAUCAGUUAUUUUUCAAAUUAUUUAUUUUUUAAACAAUUUUAAUUAGGUUUGUUGAAAUAAUAUUAUAAAAUGGAGAUCACUCGAGAGAACUUUGAAAAUGAUUUCAAUCUGAUCAAAAGUUCCAUUGAACGUGCAUCAUUCAUUACAAUUGACACUGAAUUUACUGGCUUGGAUGAUGGCAGCCAUGAUUACAUCACCAGUUUUGAUACACCCGAGGAAAGAUACAAGAAAUUAUUAAAGCCGGCCAAAGAAUUCCUAAUAAUACAGUUUGGAAUAAGUGCUUUCAUUAAAAAGUCUGAAAAAUAUGAAUACGAGGUAGAGUCCUAUAGCUUCUAUCUAUUUCCUCAAUCUUCCAAAUUGCUACCGGACGUUGUUUUCUCUUGCCAGAGUUCCUCGCUGAGCUUUCUGGUAUCAAGAGGCAUGGAUUUUGGGAAAGUUAUAAAUAAAGGUGUUUCCUACAUAUCGUUUGAAAACGAGAAAAAACUUCUUGAAACGCUGGCCAUGAAAUACGAGAACAACAACAAGAACAACAGCACCCCGCAACAACACAGCCAAUCGUUGACUAGUAGAGGCAAUAAUUUGUUGUCGCCACCGUCAACGCCACAGUCGUUAACAGCCGUUCCCGUGCUACAGCAAAGUUUUAUUGAUAGACAAUUGAAAAGCGUGGAGUCAUUUCUGUCGGCCACGUCGUCGUCAUCGUUGCAAUUGACGUCACCAGUGACGUCACCGUCGUCAUCAUCGGUGACGUCAUCAACAUCAUCGUCAUUCUUUGCUGAUGAGUGGAUGACCUUAGAGCCAUGCAGCGCGUUCUCCAGAAAGUUGCUCUACGAACAACUGAACUUGCGAUUCCCGGAUCGUCUGUAUCUAGAGACGAUAGCGCAUAGAGGUCAGGGUAGCAGCUCUGGUUGCUUGAAAGUGGUCAAGAUUCAAAAUGCUGAGCACCGGAAGUGUCUCGAGAUGAAGAAACAAAAGGCCGAAUAUGACGAGUUGACCAAAGCUGUCGGCUUCACAAAAGUCAUCAAGUUACUCCAUCAAUCAGAUAAGCUAAUAAUAGGCCACAACAUGUUGCUGGAUGUCAUGCAUAUCAUUGGUCAGUUCUGGGUCGAUCUGCCAUUGGAGUAUGAAUCAUUUAAAACUCUCACUCACCUACUCUUUCCUAGCUCAAAUAGCAGUCUGGAAAGUUUGUACACGGAUCUCAAAGCCUCAUCGAAAAUUCCCAAAGUUUCAAUUGGCAGCGUGCUUGUCAGUCUGAUAGACGACCAAUCAGCUCUCAUCAGCCUUAACGACAAGGAGCAGUCAGUUAAUGUGAAGAAACAGCUUGCAGCCUGUAGAAGCCAGUGGUUCCGCUUGCAGUCCUACGCUGACUGGUACAACAGUAGCGUUAAAAAUAAAAAUAAUAAUAAUAAUGAUAAUAAUAAUAAAUUAAAAGUGGCGGGAAAUGACGAGGUUCAAGUCGGAAGCGCCUUCAAGAGGAAGUUUAAUGUUGAUCAUUUUAAUGGUAAAAAAGUUAACGCAAAGAAGAGGAUCAAAAUGACUGCAGUGACGUCAUCAUCGUCGACUACUACUUUAAACAAAACGACUGCUGUGGUAAUGGCGACAAAACCAUCAACAACAACAACAUCCUUAGCACCCCCGCCACCACUAAUAACGUCACUGAUUACGUCAUCAGUGUCAGCUGAACCAACGACACUAAAUGUUCAUGCCAUGUUUGAAAUCCCAGAUUGGAAAUGAUGGGAUACCAAUUAAGAUAUAAUUGAGUGGCUGAUUGAUGGAUUGAUUAGUUGAUUAGUUGAUUGAUUGAUUGGUUGAUUGAUUGAUUGAUUGAUUGAUUGAUUGAUUGAUUGAUUGAUUGAUUGAUUGAUUGAUUGAUUGAUUGAUUGAUUGAUUGAUUGAUUGAUUGAUUGAUUGAUUGAUUGAUUGAUUGAUUGAUUGAUUGAUUGAUGUUUUUAUAUUUGAAAGUGACUAAUGCUUGUGUUUCAUUGAAUUUAAAUAUUUAACUGCUAGUAGCUUAUUGACUGAAUGUUGGUUUGAAAUGGAUGAAUCACUGAAUAAAUAAAUGGAUGAAUGAAUCAAUGAGUGAAGGAGUGAAUGAAUGAAUGAAUAAAUAAUCAAUGAACGAAUGAUAGAAUAUAUGUCUUCUGUAUAUUAAAUUAUUUAUCAACUAUUUAUUAUACAACAACGCAAAUUUUUAUUUAUUAUCAUUCGUUUGACUUUUUGUUAUUUUUAAUAAAAAUAAUAAUAACAAUAAUAAUAAUAUUAAUAUUAUUAUUUUAUUUUGAAGUUUAAUAAAAUAUAUUAUUAAAGCCAAAAAAUUGAAAUAAAUAUUGAAAAAAAUUGA